AGAUGGGGGCGCGCUUUGAGUCGACUCACAGGUCGCGCGAGGCAGGGCGGCAAGGGCAGCGAGAUGGAGAGGUGCGUGGGGCUCAGUACGACGCAGAGAUGGGGGCGCGCUUUGAGUCGACUCACAGGUCGCGCGAGGCAGGGCGGCAAGGGCAGCGAGAUGGAGAGGUGCGUGGGGCUCACUACGACGCAGAGAUGGGGGCGCGCUUUGAGUCGACUCACAGGUCGCGCGAGGCAGGGCGGCAAGGGCAGCGAGAUGGAGAGGUGCGUGGGGCUCACUACGACGCAGAGAUGGGGGCACGCUUUGAGUCGACUCACAGGUCGCGCGAGGCAGGGCGGCAAGGGCAGCGAGAUGGAGAGGUGCGUGGGGCUCACUACGACGCAGAGAUGGGGGCGCGCUUUGAGUCGACUCACAGGUCGCGCGAGGCAGGGCGGCAAGGGCAGCGAGAUGGAGAGGUGCGUGGGGCUCACUACGACGCAGAGAUGGGGGCGCGCUUUGAGUCGACUCACAGGUCGCGCGAGGCAGGGCGGCAAGGGCAGCGAGAUGGAGAGGUGCGUGGGCCCACGCCCUUGCUGGCUUGGUAA